AGGUCUUGCGUGAGUGUUAAGAAAUUUUCAGUCCAAUUUAUCAAACCAUUUCAUUACCUUAGAUUCGCCAUUGUUUAAGGCAGCAAAAAAUGGGGAACGUUCUCAGGUUCCUCUGCGGUCACUUCUGCAAUCCGAAUGCUGCCGCCGACGCCGAUUCCCUCGGUCCUCAUGGCGUCUCGCCGGCCACCGUCGGCGUCUCGGCUCUAGCUCACGAUCUCUUUGAUUUCGAGAUCACCUCGCAGGUUCCUCAAGGACUUAGUAAGCAUGUGGUUUCGUCGAAGAAGGCACAGGCGAAUUGGUAUAGAAAACUGGCUGAAGCUUGGAGGUCGGAGAAACCACCUCCUAAAACGCCUGAAGAAGCAUCCAGGCUUGUGAUUCAGACACUCAAGAGACACCAGAAGAAAGAUGUCGAGGGAUUAUUGGCUUUCUAUGGUCUACCUCUUCCUCAUACUCUUGUCGAACUUUCUGCUCCGGCCCCAGUGCCUACAUCGCUACCAGAUGGAGUCAAGUUUGAGCUGCAGACAUUGCCAGUCGAUGCAAAAGCUGUAGCAGAUGGUGAUACAGUGACAGUGUAUGUGAGUACAGCACACCCUAGAGAGUCCUCUUGUAUUCCAAUGGAGGUUAGGAACGCAGCCAUUCAAAGAUCACAAGCUAGAAACGCCAAGAACUACGCAAAGGCUGAUGCACUUCACAAGACAAUAACUGAUGCUGGUUACAGGGUGCUUACUGUUCAGAAUGAGGAGAUUCUUGCAAGAAAAUACAGGAUUCGUCUCAGAGGAAUAGAUGCACCAGAAAGCGCAAUGCCUUAUGGGAAAGAGGCAAAAGAAGAGCUGAGAAAGCUUGUUGAAGGCAAGUGUUUAAGAGUACUUGUGUACGGAGAAGAUCGGUAUAACCGAUGUGUGGGUGACUUGUAUUGUAAUGGAAAGUUUAUUCAGGAAGCAAUGCUGAAAAAGGGCUUUGCGUGGCAUUACACUGCCUAUGACAAACGAGCAGAGCUGGCAAAGUGGGAAAAUGAAGCUCGAGCUAAAAGGAUAGGGUUGUGGGCUUCUAGAAACCCAGAGCAGCCAUGGGAAUGGAGAAAGGGAAAGCGUGAAGGGAAAUAGUAUACACAAUUUAUUUCAAGUCUCUACCAAGAAGAAGAGGAAGGAGACCCAAAACCAACCCGAACAAGGUUUCUUCUGUCUUUAGUAUUUAUCAACAUCUUCAACAUUGCUUGUAAAUUUGUAACAGAAAAUUUGACAAGAAAUAGAUUAUUGUUAUACUUUGUAAGACCA